AUGAAUAAUAUCAAAGGCAGACCUCCUCCUGGUGCUCCUCAGUCGAAUUCCAUCAAUAAUAAUCUUCACCAUAGCCAUCAGAAUAAUGCCCAGGGCAACUCUCCCAGCAUCAACAGCAACAUCAGCAACAACAACACUAAUCGAAGUACGUCGGUAAACAAGGCAUUGGACCUUUCUUCAGCAACAUCUUCGCCUGCUUCCUCAAUCAGCGUUUGCGACUCCACUGCUGCAAAUGCCAAACAGCUCCUAAAUGCCUACAUUUACGAUUUUUUGAUCAAAAGCAGGCUACCUCAAACAGCCAGGAUCUUUGUCAACGAGGCGGAAAUACCCUCUAUUGCCUCGUCUGCAGUUGUCAAGGAUAAGCAAUAUGAAGCACCCACCGAUGGCAGUGGUGGUGGCGUCAGUUCACCCGGUUCACAGCUGAUGCAGUCUCCACUGCAAUUACAGUUUUUCAAAGAUUACAAUUUGCCCCAGAUGUCACUAACGAUGGACUCGCCUCGAAGCUUUCUCUUUGAAUGGUGGCAGAUCUUUUGGGAUAUGUUCCAAGCUAAAAACGGGGGAAGAACCGAUCAAGGCGGUAACAAUACCAGCAACAACAACGGCAAUAAAGCCAACCUUGCCAUGAGGUAUUACCAACUACAACUAUUAAGACAGAGACAACAACAACAGAUGCUAUCAAUGGUUAUUCCUGGCUCGGUUGGGAAUUUCCCUCCCCAGCAACAACAACAACAACAGCAGCAGCAACAGCAGCAACAGAUGGCCAAUCAACAUCCUCAGUUCAAUAUGCAAGCUCAACCUCAGCAGCAAAUGCAGCACCCACAACGACCCCCAUCUCAUGUUCAGCAGCAGCAGCAACAACAUCUACAUGUUCAGCAGCAACAGCAUCCACCUGCUCCUGCUCCUCCUUUUCAUCAACAGCAGCAACAUGCAAUGCACCCUGCACAGCAAGCACAGACACAAUCUCAAUCUCCGAAUCAGAUCCAUCCUGCUCAACCUCAACCUCAAGCUCAGACUCGAAACCAGCCACAGGUGCAACCACAGGGGCAACCUCACUUGCAAGGACAGCCGCAGGGACUUCAACCGCAGUUGCAACCUCAGUUGCAAGCACUGACUCAAGCCCAGUUCCAAGCAGCUCUCAAUCAACAACUCAACCAAAACUCCAUGGUUGUACCUACUUCUGUCCCUCCUCAACAACAGACGCAGCCCGUGGCAACGCCGCAACAACAACAACAGCAACAGCAACAUCCGGGCCAGCCUUUGAGGAAUCCAAAUUUCCCCAACAUGGUACCUUCCAACGGCCAGCAAGCUUUCAUGAAUCAACAAUUCCAGCAACAGGCUGCCAUGAAUCAGAAUGUGCCCAAUGCUCAAAUUGAUCAACAGAGAAUGAUGCUUCUAAUUAAGCAACAGCAGGCGGCUGCUGCUGCACAGAGACAAAUGAGUAUGAAUGCCGACCCUAACCACCCACAGCAACAGCAACAGCAACAGCAACAGCAACAGCCUCCCCCUCCUCCUCCUAAUUCACAGCAGCAGCAGCAGGCAAUGAUGAAUGCCAUGGCUGCGAAUCCUAAUAUUACAUUGCAACAGCAACUUUUCCUACAGCAACAGCAGCAUCAGCAACAGCAACAGCAACAGCAACAGCAGCAACAACAGCAUCAACAGCAGAAUAUGCCAAAGAAUACAUUCCAACAGCAAGCUCAGAAUCAGAUGAAUAGCUUGAGACAACAAGCUGCCGUGGCUGUUCUGCAACAGCAAAUGGCACAAGUACAAGCUCAGGCGCAGGCUCAAGCUCAAGCUCAAGCUCAAGCUCAAGCGCAACAACAACAACAACAACAACAACAACAGUUUCAACAGCAACAUAGUCCACCACCAGGAAGCUCGGCUGCAACUCCCAUGACUCUGGCCCACAACGUUCCUCAAAUGAUGAGAUUGAAUUCCAACCAAGGCGCGCAAAAGAAAAACAUCAAACUCAACGGGAAACCCAACAACGGCAACGCUAGCAACGGCACUAAUUCAAACGGCCCACCUGGUGUGGGCAACGCGUUCAAUGUUCCUGUAAACAUGAACCAGGCCAAUGGCAGGUCUGUGAAUGCCUUGCAAGACUACCAAAACCAGUUGAUGUUGCUCGAGACGCAGAACAAAAAGAGACUAGAGAUUGCACGCAACACCGCGGGGUCCGACACCAAUCUCAUGGCUCUCGGCAUGACGCAAGGGCAACUUCCUUCCCAACAACAACAACAGCAACAGCAAAUGGCUGGUUCUUCGCUGCAGUCUCAACAGCCGACUCCCUCGAUGUUUCAUGCACCUGUGCCAUCGGGUCAGCAGUUUAACCAAAGACCAUCGCCUGCCGGAUCAAUUCAAUCGCCCAUGACCACUACAAAAAGUCCAGCAAUGGGCAACAAGAAGCCUAAAAAGGAAAGCAGCAGCAAUGGCAAGAGGAGCAGAAAACAAAGCGUUAACCUUGCCAAUACUCCGAGCAACAUUGAACCACCAGCACCAGGACCGGCACCUCAACAACAACAACAACAACAACAGCAGCAGCAGCAACAGCAACAACAACGCCGGGGAUCGAAUACUCCCAAUAUUGGCAAGAAGGAUUUCAUACCACUUACUCCUGUUAGCGAGCCAACCGGUGUAGAUGCAAAGAAAAAGAGAAAGAUGAACCUGGUGAAUGAGUCUCCACGGAAGCUGUCUGCUCCCACGCCAACUUCAAUCUCCAACUCUGCCAAAAACAACAAUAGUGGCAUGGCCGACAAGAAACAUCAGCCUCCCAUGAUUAAAGAAGAAUCGAAAGAGUCCAAUAGCUUUGUCAAAAAAGAAGCUGGCGAGGAUGAUUUUGAAAAUUCAUUGAUACCUCCUGCAGCGCCCACUCAAGCCACGUUUGACCACGACUUGCCAUUCCGCUCCAGUGAAGCUACCGCUGGCAUUGCCGGAGGCAACAACAACAACAACAACAGCGACAAUUUCUUCAAUGUGGACAUGUUGUCGGACACGCCGCACAAUCAGCACCACAACCACAGCUCGAGCAACGAUAGCCUUAGUGGAAGGGGUGACGUCAACGUCGGGAACGGCGCUAGUCUAUUUGAAGCGCCCGGCGGAAGCAGCGGUGGGUUUGACGAUUUGGACUUUGACAUUAACCAGUUGUUGGCCGAGGAUGACGUUGGUGGAGACGGAAGUGGAGGAGACGUUGGUGGAUUGGUGGGAUUCAACUGGAAUGUCGAUUCGGCAAUUGGGAAUCAUGAGUGA